UGUUCCCGAGUGUCGCGAGCACGGGGCGGUGCCAUUGUAAUGGGCGGCGCCGUUCCCUUGUUCGCCAUUCUGGCUCAGAGCAACGAACGCACUUAGUGCUGAGGUUUCUGGAACCAGCGCUGCUUUCAAACGUGAAGACAUGGCUGAGGAUGAGGUGACUCCAGAGCAGCUAGCAGCUAUUGCCGCUGAAAAUGAGGAGCCAGAACCAGUAAACUACAAGCCUCCAGCCCAGAAGUCAGUAAAAGAGAUCCAGGAGCUGGACAAGGAUGAUGAAAGCUUACGCAAAUACAAAGAAGCCCUUCUUGGCCCAGGGAUCUCGGAGAUCGAUCCAAAUGCUCCUAAUGUCCAGGUGACCCGGAUGGCACUCGUCUGCGAGGGUGCACCAAAACCUCUGGUCCUGGACCUGCAAGGAGACCUGGAAGCCUUCAAGAAGCAGGCCUUUGUGCUGAAGGAGGGAGUCGAAUACAAAAUAAAGAUCAGUUUUAAGGUGAACAAGGAGAUCGUUUCAGGUCUGAAGUACGUGCAGCAGACGUUCAGGAAAGGAAUGAAAAUUGAUAAAUCGGACUACAUGGUGGGCAGCUACGGGCCUCGCCCUUCUGAAUACGACUUCCUGACCACGAUGGAGGAGGCUCCUAAAGGCUUGUUAGCCAGAGGGAACUACAUCAUCAAGUCCAAGUUCACCGACGAUGACAAGCACGACCACCUGUCCUGGGAGUGGAACCUGAACAUCAAGAAGGACUGGGAUGAUUAAGAUGCCUUUGUGUGUGUGUGUGUUGGGGGGGGAUGUCUGUGGGGGUGUGAGGGAGCCAGAUCGCUCAGCCUCAGCCCCCGCCCUCCACCCCCCUAUCCCUCCAUCCUUGUCAUGUGUCCUCCACCAUUUCUACGUUUUUGUUUACGUUGCAUUUUGUGCUCUGGGGCCUUCGUUCUCAACCCCCUCCCCCACUCCAUUUGUCCAUCCGUCACUGUCCUACCUGCAGAACCUCUGAUUGGUUGCACACCUCCCAAGUAGCAACUUCUUCCUCCCAGCAGCUUGAAGAGAUUUACAACCCCCCCCCCCCCCCCCCCAGAAUGGCGUCUUCCUCUUUCAGUAUGAAGUUAAUGUGGGAAAAGCAACUGUACAAUCAACUUUUGUUUGCCUUUUUUAUAUAUAUAAAUGUAUUACUGGUUGUGUCAUGUGACUGUAAUCAUGUUAAUCAUCUGUUGUAUUCAUAGUCCCCCUCUUUUUUUUUUUCACCCCACCUUGCCAUCACCUCUCACUGCAUCAUUUCUCGCCAUCUUUUGAUAAAUAACCAAUAUCUGCCUUCUGCCAGUGUGAUCGGAGCUGCUCUGUAGCACCUCCCGACCCUCCCUAAAUGUACUCACCCACUCAUUCAAAUGCCUGGGGGGGGGGGGAAGCUGCCUUAUGUUGAAAUGUGUCUUUAGUGUCUGAGCAGCCUUUGUCAGGUAACCUGAGUGAAGUCUUGCUACCAUCUGUAGCCCUGCUGUAGUGGAGAUUAUUGAAACAGGUUACCUGCAUGCAGCUCUGCACAAGCUCACUGCCCCCCCCGAUCUAGACCUUUAUAAUUGGAGGGACCUGAAUGUUCAACAUAAAAUUGGGGAAAACUACGAAUCCAGUAUGGCCUCUUCUGCUCCUUUUAGCCAGUUGGAGAAAAAAACAUUGAUUUUUAUUUCUUUUUGCCUUAUUGACCCAGCCCCCCCACACAUUGUUCAGAUUGUGUAGUUUGCAGUCAGGAGGAGGUAUGUAGGAGAACCAUUGAGGAUGCACAGGAGGAAGAAGGAUGCUGAGUCGGACACCGUCUGCUGCUGUUGGAGACCCCGACGGUGUCUGGUCUGGAUCACUGAAAGUGAAAAGAUGACUGACGAGCCCCUCAGCCUUUUUAAACAGCACUAACACAAAGAUCAGGUGCACUAAACUGACCAGUAACAUUAAAUUAUAAAUCUAGUACUGUACCAGAACAUCUGGAUGUAAAACCAUCUGUAUUCCUGCUCCCUACAUUCCUUCACAUUGUACAGUUUGUAUAAAACGCUGGCAUGCUGGUGGGGUUGUAUAUUCAGUCAUUAGUUGUUGCUCUUCUCAGUCAAUAAAGGUUUUGCUCAACUUGA